AAACGCACCUGCAGAAGACUUCAACGAUCUCCCUCCUGACUUGAAUAUCCAUUGAAACGCCCGCUCCGUAGCAACUUUCGUGUCUGCAUUCGUCUUUCUGUGUACAAGUCAAGUACAUCUGCAUUCUCAUGAAUCCCGAAAUCCAAUUAAUGACGGAGCAUCCAGCCUCUACGAAGCACGAGAAUUUAGAGAUAACGCCUUGCCGAAAGAUCGAUGUAAAGAACGACAUCCGCUACAUCAUACACCUACCCGAUAGACAGCGGAGUAUCAUUUAUUCAUUGGAUGGGUCAUUUCGAGCCUGGGAUUUGGAGAGGAACACGCAAUUUGGGGAGGAAUGGGAGGACAAACAAAAAGGAGUGCACGCCAUAGCAUUGUCGCCGGACGGCAAGACAGUAGCAACUGGGAGUAGCGAUGGCACAGUGAGAUUGCGGAACGUCGACACGGGCAAGGUCAUCAAAAAAUUAAUGGGGCAUACAAACAGAGUGUGUUCUGUGUGCUGGAGUUCAGGCGGAGGGCGAGUGGUGAGCGGGUCCUGGGAUGAGACAUUCAGAGUAUGGGAUGUCGAGAGCGGAAAAACUAUCCUCGGACCAAUCAAGGCAAUGCAAGGCAUGAAUGCGGUUUGCUACUCACCUGAGGCCAAUAUGAUUGCCAUAGGCGGGUACGCAGUACUGAAAAUCUGGGAUGCCAACACCGGCGAUUUGCUCAAAACACUCAACGCUGGAUCCGGAAUCACGUGCCUGGCAUGGACCUCGGAUGGAAAAACGCUUAUCGCCGGGGGAUUGUUUAAUGCCAUUAAAUUCAACACAGCGACAUGGACGAUUCUUCCAGUUAAUGUGCGCAAAAACUUCAUCAAUACCGUUUCACUAUUUCCCAAUGAGCACGGCGGCUACAUCCUUGCAUGCGCAAGCGGAGCACCCUUGGACAAGACAGUGCAACUAUGGAACCUCAAAACCGAUCAACCCAUUGGAACACUACUUCACCAUGAAGACUAUGUGAACUCUGCGACCUUUUCUUCAGAUGGAAAGUUGCUCAUCACUAGCUGCUCCGACGGUCACAUAUACACAUGGGACCUCACCGCUAUCGUCAACAAAAUUGCUGAUGCUACACUACAACCAGCUCCAAAGAUGAACGGUGCUGCUCGAAUACCCCCAGGUUUUUUUGAUGAUACACUGCGAGAGGCUAAUGUACGUGAUCUCCAUCCGUGAUUGAAUUCUUUGAUAAAUAUGUUGGCAGUUGCGGACUAGUCUAUCCCAAUCCCAUGGGCUACACAACCGUCCCACUCUAGCACCAAGUCAAAGCAUCCUCAGUCGAUUUUCCACCUUCUGGCGUCUCUUCAAGCCACAUGGGGCAACUGAAUCAGACACCCAAUCCCGCCCCCGAUCUCUCAGCUGGAAUCGAAACCGAGUGUCUGGUAUAUUCCGCAGACGAGAUGGAUCGGACGUUCAGUUGCGAGAGUGUGAGGUCCCUUACACAGCGGGCAAGCCUAGGAAUUAUCACGCAAGAAAGAAGAAGUCAGCUCC